AUGCCGGGGGAAGAUGACACUGAUCCACAUCCUUGGUGGCUGCUGGACCUAGGUAGCAAUCACAACUUGAGUAGAAUCAACGUCACUCUCCGAGAGGAUAGCGGGGGUUUUCGUUUCAUCGGGGCGAUAGUGCGAGCCGGACUGAGCCCCAACUUCACCGAGAACCUGCCGUGCGGCUCACCGGCUACCAGCGAACAGUCUAAGAAUGGAGCCGAGAUCACGUUCCUGUGCGAGCCACCGCAGACGGCCAGGUACGUCAGUGUGGACAUCGAUACUUCCAUGCCCGGUGUAGAUGCGGAUCAGGCAUAUCUGCAACUUGCCGAGGUGGCGGUGGACAAGUUCACGUCUGGAGAGGGUGCUGCCCUCCCUGUUUAUGGGAAAAGUACAUCACAGAGCACAACAUGGGACUCGCACCCUUCUUAUAAGGCCGUCGAUGGAGAGACAUAUACCUACACGCACACCGAUGUUAAUGAUCCCCAUCCUUGGUGGCUGCUUGACCUAGGUAGCAAGCACUGCUUGGGUAGAAUCAACGUCACUCUCCGAACGGAUGGAUGGGGUUUUCGUUUCAUCGGGGCGAUAGUGCGAGCCGGACUGAGCCCCAACUUCGCCGAGAACCUGCCGUGCGGCUCACCAGCUACCAGCCAACAGUCCAGGGAGGGAGCCAAGAUCCCGUUCCUGUGCGAGCCACCGCGGCUUGCUUGGUAUGUCAGCUUGGACAUCAAUACUUCCAUGCCCGGUGUAGAUGCGGCACAUGCAUUUCUGCAACUUGCCGAGGUGGCUGUGGAAGAGUACACGUCUGGAGAGUGUGCUGCUCCUGGUUAUUUGGGAUGUUUUGGGGACGCAAAAAAUCGUUCCCUAACGGUCGGUCCAGCACUAGAUCACAAUGAACAGUCGGUAGAGUGGUGCUUCAGAAACUGUUUGGAACCUACCGAGUAUAAUUAUGCGGGACUGGAAUACGCACACGAAUGUUGGUGUGGGAAUGAAGACUACGACAAACACGGUAAAGAGCCGGAUUCUGAUUGCAUAUAUUUCUGUUCCGGAAACAGCGACCAAAUCUGUGGAGGCGAUUGGCUCUUAUCCGUGUACAGAGAGAAACCGUAG